GCAAAGAAAAAACUGGCACCAUCGCUGGUGAACCAUCGAAAGAUGAGAAAAAACAAUACCCGAUUGAGGAAUCAGUCACUAAAGAACGAUUAUAUAUUCUCGAAGAAGAUAUCAAAGAAAUCAUCGGUUAA